AUGCGACAAAUUAUAGCGAAUUUCAUUCAGUUUCACUUAAAUAAAUAUAAAAAGUAUUGGCUUGCGGCGAUAUCCACUGUUUUGAUAAUAAUCAUCGCCAACAAUAGCAGAUAUAACAAAACUCGCUAUUUGGAGACUCGUGAUUGGGAUUCAUUGAAUCUAAUCGAAAUCUGCAGAAAUGAUUUGCUUCGGAUGGCUGAAAGCUUAGAAUUCGCCGAUCUCGAACAACAUUAUAAUUAUUUUCAUCCAUUUGCAAGAUUUCUAUGCCGAUAUCGAUUCAAUCGACAAAUUUCCAUUCUCGAAAUGGGGGUAGGUGGAUACACGAAAAAAACUGAGGGCGGAAAUUCACUUCGAGUUUGGCAUCAAUUUUUUCCUAAUGCGAAAGUUAUCGUUGGUGUGGAUAUUUCAGAAAAACAACUUGAUCUGCCAGAUAAUGUUAAGAUUAUUCAGAUGAAUGCAUCCGAUGAAUCGAUGGCAACAAGAGUUUGCGACUUUUAUGGACCUUUUGACAUAAUUUUUGAUGAUGCAUCACAUAUAAGUUAUGAUGUGAUAAGAUCGUUUGAAAUUAAUUGGCAAUGUCUUCGAUCUGAUGGAAUAUACGUUGUAAAAGAUACGCAAACAUCGUACUUAGAAUUCUUCAAUGGGAGUAAAAACUUAAACGAUCCAAAGACAAGUAUGAAUUAUUUCAAAUCUUUAACGGAUCAACAAAAUUACGCUGAAAUAUUAAUUUCUAACCCACUUUUUAAACCAAUGGAUAAAGCCAAGCAACUUCUUGGCAUUCACUUUUAUCACAAUAUUAUUUUUAUUGAAAAAGGUGACAAUACGUUACCAAGUAAUUUAGCACCUAAUCGUAAUAUUUUGCAAAAAUUUAGUGGUUUAGGCUAA